AGCAUGGAAGAGAAGAAGAAAGAGGAGACAUCAGAAGAGCAACUUACAGACCCUGAAUCAGGUUUUCCAGAAGUCUUACUAGAAUUUCUAGUUGAGACGAAAGAAGAAGCAGUUGAUCAGCUUUUGUUUGAUCUGAAACAAGUGGAAAAAAAGAACAAAGAAUAUCAUGAAAAAAAUGACCUUCUGAAGAAAGAACGGCAGGCACAGAUCAGACGCAUAAUAGCACACCUAGAAGAUGAGGAGAAAGAACGAGAUGAAAAGGAGGUUGUAACUAGGGAUGAUGUGGAAGAGUCACUGAAAACCAAAUGUCAGUAUGUUAAGGACAAAGAACAACUUCUGAAAGAUCUGCAGUCCCAAAUUGAAGAAACUGAACAAAGACUUUUAGCAAAACAGAAAGAAAGAGAUUACUGGUUGGAGUACAAAAAUGUGGAAAGAAAAGUACAGGCCAUCAGGAUUAUAAAUCUGGGAAAAGACAUUAAGGAAGUAAAAGAUGAUCUUCACAGAGCUAAAGAACAUUAUAGAAACAUUUUAAAAGCAGUGCAAGAGAAAAAUGACAUACUACUUGAGAAGAAUGUGGAGAUAAGUAAGGAACAGGCCCUUGAGAAUGCUGUAAGAUAUUUACACAAAAACAUUUGCAGAGAAAUUGAAGAGAAUGCAUGGCUAAAAGAAGAGGUUAAGAUAUACCAAAAGGAAGUAAAUGAUUUAAAAGCCUCUGUUCAGCUCCUGGAAGAAGAAAAUAUCCGUUUAGUGACAAAACUGAUUGACAGCAGACUUCAGAAUCUGAAUGUUCCCAGGCAUUCGUUUCAUAUCCAGGCAACUGGUCUGCAAGAUGAAUUUCCUAAGGAUGAGAUGAAGGAAGUAGCAUGUAAAGAGCAUGUAGCAAAAGCAGAUGGAGAGGAAAGUCUCAGAGGUGCCACGGUCCCCUGUCAGGAAAAGAAGACCUUUUUAGAGAUUGAGUCUAAAAUAGAGACUGGGAAGCCUCAAGACAGUGAUGAGAAGCUGCAGGUAAAGCCUUUCCCUCCAACUCUUGACAGCUUGUUGUAUGAAGAUGAAAAAGAUCUUCAGGAACAUGAAAAACUGGAUCCUUUGGAGACAAACCUGAUGUUUGUGGUUGGAAAAGCAAUGCCUAUUCAUAAAGAACCAGAAGAAAUGCCAAGUAGCAGCGAGAGAGAUGAUGUUGCUGGUAAAUCAGAUGGGCACAUCACAGCUCAGAUGAUCAGAGCCCUAUGUCAAGAAAAGGUUGAAUGA